GACUUGGUUGACUUCAUUCAAAUAUGGCAGCUGCUAAAGUGAAGUAGAAUUGUUGAAUGGAUAUUGAGUUUACUACUGUAUAUCGUGUUAGUACGUUGAGUUGAAAUCGUUUGGGUGAAAGCUGAGCUGUCAUUUACCUUUUUAUUUACAUAAAUACUUCACUCUGUGUUGGAAUUGCAGAUAGAAUAAUCCAAGAAGACGGUAUCGUUGAAUGCCUAAAUAGUGGAAGACUGAAUUUCGUCAACGAAUGUCAUGUGUAUGUGAUUUGAAGAAUCCUAUUCGAGUACCAUUUCCACAGCUGAAUUUCCGAAAAAAAGUUCAAGGAAUGUGCAAUAGUUAACAAUCAAGUGCGCGAGGAAACUGAAAAUCGUGAAAUUGAAAAUACGAAGGUGUCAAUUCGUGACGUAUUUUUUGUUUAUAUUUUGAAUAAUGUCAUUUUUUACUGUAAAAACCGAAUGUGGCCCAACAAAAAAUUCGAAGCAUGUGCGACAGUAGAACUUGCAGAGUUCGCCGCGUAAGUUAUACGAAAAUAUGUACGAAUUUGGUUAACGAUACGUAAUUUUUUUAUUGAGCAACAACGAUGCACCCAUCCAAUAAAGAUGACACAAGUUCUAAAAUUUCGUGCAUAUAUGACACACCCUGUGAUCCUAAAGACAAUGACUAUGAAAAACUUUUUUGUCCAAAUAAUGAACUGUCGGAGCCCCCAAGAACUAGAUGUGAUAGGCUGAAGACUGGUUCUUCCUGUCAGGCUUUGAAACAUGCCGUGUCAGCCCUACAUCGCCUGGACGAUUUUCACAAGGAGAAAAUCGGAUCAGGGUUUUUUUCGGAGGUCUUCAAGGUGACGCAUAAGGUUAACGGGUCAGUGAUGGUGCUCAAGAUGAACCAGCUCCGAUCGAACAGACGAAACAUGCUCAAAGAGGUGCAACUGAUGAACAGACUCUCGCAUCCGAACAUCCUCAGUUUGCGGGGGGUCUGCGUGCACGAGGGACAGUUGCACGCCCUGACCGAAUACAUCAACGGGGGCUCCUUGGACCAGCUGGUGCAGAACUUGGACGUCGACCUACCGAUGGCCACAAGGAUAACGCUGGCGUACGACGUCUCGUGCGGCAUGGAGUAUCUACACGCCAACGGGGUCUUCCACAGGGAUCUCACGAGUAGGAACGUGCUGGUGAAGCAUCUGGACAACGGGAAGCUUCAGGGGGUGGUGGGAGACUUCGGUCUGGCCGCCAACAUACCGCCGCCCGACGCCAAAGUCAAGCUGGGCACAGUCGGCUCGCCCUACUGGAUGUCGCCCGAAUGCAUACGGGGCAAAUUCUACAACGAACUUAGCGACGUGUUCAGCUACGGCAUCGUGCUCUGCGAGAUGAUCGCCAGGGUGGACUCCGAUCCGGACCAGUUACCUCGGACCAACAACUUCGGCCUAGACUACCUCGCCUUCACCGAGCUGUGCGACCUACGCAUCAUCGUACCUGACUUUCUGAAACUAGCCUUCAGAUGCUGUGCAGUUGAGCCAGAUCAACGUCCCACAUUCACCGAGAUCAGACGGUCUCUCAAAGACAUAAUGACUGACUUGGACGCGGGUGUCCAGAAGGAAGCACCCAAGGGGAGUUACGUGGCGAAAAGCGAGGAACAGCUCCCCGGCCUGUCGGUGCAAACGUCGGCCCCGCAACACAGAAAACUGAUACACAGGAGGUCCCUGUCCGAAGACGUAUCGGUGUUGACGCUGUCGAUGUUCGGCUCGCCGAGCGACAAGGCCCGCAGACACGCCAUCCACAUGUGCCAACAGGACCCCUACUACAAACCUCGCACGACCAACCCUUUCGCCUCCCUGGCCCAGUUCAGGGGCGUCAAGAAGUUCCUGGGCAACUUUUCGUCCUGCUGCGAAAUGCCCUCGCCGCACGUGACCUCCGCGGGCGAGUCGCCCAAGUCGCUGCCCGGUUCCCCGACCGCGACCAGGAAACACGCCAGCACCAGCAGAUCCCCCCUCUACGUCCAUCCCCUCUUCAGGACGGGAUCCGGCACGAACCUGUCCGAUUCGGGCACGGUGGAACCGAUGCCGAGCAUGCGCCGCAGGGGAUCCUGCGAGUCCGGUUUCUACUCGAGCGUCGGCGAGUGCCUGUCGCCCAACUCCUUUUGGGACAGCGGCACGGCGGUCAGCUCGCUGAGAUCGCUCGACGAGUUGGAACCGGCCGAGAUCCACGCGCUCUGCAAGCGCGCCUCGUCCAUCUACACAGACAGCAGCGAGGACAUAUCCAGCCUCACCGGUUCCGAGUGGACGACCCAGGACCUCCAGCCCAACAUCUCGGCCAUCGUGGAUUACUUCGAGAAGAAGGGCGCGACCCUGAGACACCCGGGGGGCGUCAGGGGCGGUCUGCAGCUGAGCUCGCGGAUCGCCGCGCUGCGCAGAUCGCUCGAACGGCACGGCAACGUGGCCGUUCAGGGGGGCAGUCUCCACGUGCCCCCGCAGCAGCGUCCCAAGUGCUCCAGACUGGUGGUUUGCGAGGGAGCCGUCAAGUCCAAAUUGCCCCUAUUCGAUAAGAAGUAGGCCGAUCCUUUGACACUUCCAUCUUCCUUGUCGUUUCUUCGUGGUUUCUUCUAGUCAAAAAAUGUUCGCACUUGUUUUACGAGCUGGCCUAUUUAAUCGAAUCGCGGAACGGGUGGAGAACUCGCUGUUAACGUAUCGAAGAACCACUGAAAAUCAUUUUAACAAAUACGAAUUUGUGGGUCCGGACAAUUCGAUGUAGUAUCCUGAAGAGGCACUUACCCGAAUUCGUAGAUUCUCGAUAUCGUACUGGGUCGGCGGAUUUAAAUGGUCUUCAAAGGGAAUAUCACACAAAAUUCCCGUGUUUUUUAAAUGUAUUUGUGCCUUUUGGCUGUUUGAAUCAUUCUACAAUCCUGAUUGAACGUUUAUAUCGGUGUUCUCAAAAUUUUUGACAUUAUUCAGGUUUUUUUUGGUUAUGCGUAACAUUUAUGGUUUCGUCAUAGAACAAGUACUCAAGUGUCAAGGUAGGUCUUUUGCAACUGUCCAUAGAAGUUAUAUAAAUCUUUCAUGAAACCACAGAACACCUGCAUUAUUUGAAAAGUUCUGUGUCACAACCAUAAAUUUGAGAACGAAACCGUUUUUAUAAGGUUGGCAAGCGUUUCUUAACCAUAGACAAGUCCUCGAUCUGAACACAAAACCGGAUGUUCGUCGACCCGGUAACGCGAGUGAUUUUAUUCUUUAAGACAUAGGAUACUUGGAAAUUUGUCCCGAUCUAGAAGAGACGUUUGAGGUAGCUAAUUCGAACUAUCCGCAGUAUUAGAUAAUGAAUAAAAUGUAAAUAACGUUCAAGACUGAAUUCACAUGUUAUUUUAGAUCGGAUUUCGAUAUAGAAAAAACUGUAUUUUUCUCGAUGUUUAUGACGGUAUAUUUUCAUAAAAUCGAAAAUCUCCGGUUUAUACGGCCUGUAUCAGGCCCGUACGGGGAUCGUCGCGAGGUGUUGUUAAAAUGAUUUUCACAUUUUGUAUUCUUUAUGUUCCUUAUAUAGAUGAAUUAGAGGCGUUAACGUGAAAUGAAAAUUAUGUUGGUAUUGUAUCGUUUCACGUUAACCCCCUCCCCUCCCCAUGAAAAAAAUGGAUUUUAAUUGGUGAUGAAAAUUUAUGGAUUAUUAAUUUUAAUAUCGUCAAAGCAUGAUCCGAUUGCUUUGAAAGAUGGUUAUAUUAUUAUUUCUAUAAAGCUGACCGUCCAAGUGUUUGAUAAAUUGGUGAAUAUUUGUUGAGUUAGCAAAAACGGUCUGUUUGUUGUAUCUUCCAAUGUCUUGUCAAUAAAAAUGUAUACUAAUAUUUAGCGAAUAUAAAUAAUUUUUCAUUA